AUGAAUCCACAAAUUAUUAGAAAAGACGCACGUCUAGAAUAUUUAUUUUGCUCUUUUGCACUUCAACAUCCUUGCGUCUUUCGCUCGUCUUUAUAUCGAUCACUUGAAGCUACCAGACACGCUGGUAUGACUCCAGCAUUUGGUGAUUUCAUUACAGAUAGUAGUUCUAAUAAUGAUUCAUCUGUGUCAUGUCAUACAAUUACUAAGAAUUCUUAUGACUUACAACGUUCUUCAGGAAAAGUCAUUUCUAAUUCAUCACAGUUUAUUAAUCCUAUUGUAUUACGCCAUAUACACGCACUCGUUGAGAAAAUUUCACAUAAUCAACAAAGACAAGAUCUUUUAUCGUUAUUGAUGCGAUUUCACACUGCUUUCGAUACAACAAAGCAUAAUAUUGCUCGAACGCGUAUACAUCAUGUUAUUAAUACCAUUCCUCAUUCGCCUCCUGCCAGUAGACCGUAUCCUCAACCAGAUACAGAAGAGGCAAUGUAUAAAUUAAUUCAAGAAUUUUUGAAAGCAGGCCUUAUCACAGCUUCACAUUCACCGUAUGCCGCUCCUGCCAUGCUAGUGAAAAAGAAAGAUAAUUCUUUACGGUUAGUGGUUGAUUAUAAACGACUCAAUGCCAUAACUAUUAAAGAUUCUUCACCACUUCCAAACAUGGAAGACACAAUACAGAAGUUAGGAAAGGGAUUUAGCUAUUUUUCUAAACUUGAUCUUAAAUCAGGUUUCUAUCAAAUUCCUAUUAAUAAUAGUGAUAAAGAAAAAACGGCUUUCGUAACACCUUUCGGUUUAUAUCAGUUUAAUGUGUUACCGAUGGGAUUACGCAAUUCUCCUCCUACCUUUCAAAAAGUUAUGACAGAUACUUUGAAAGCAUGUCGUCAUUUCUGUCUUGUUUAUUUAGACGACAUCAUUGUAUUUUCCCAAUCCUUUUCCGACCACUUAGAUCAUCUUAAAAGAGUAUUUUCAGCUCUAGGAGCUAGAAGUUUAGUUUUGAAUCCACCAAAGUGUGAAAUCGCUGUUCCGCAAAUCGAUUAUCUUGGUCAUACUAUUAGUAAAAAUUCUAUUCGACCUAUGAAAGAAAAAAUAGAUGCUAUUUUAGCAAUAAAGGAGCCGCGUACCUUACCUCAAGCAAAUCGUUUCCUAGGAAGCUUAGGCUGGUACCGUAAGUUCUUACCAAAUUUCGCUACGGUUGCAGCUCCUAUACAUGCUGUUACUAAUCUUACGAGAGCCAAUCGUCGUAAAUUUAAAUGGCAGCAUGCUCAAUCAGAAGCUUUUAAGGAGCUUAAGAGCAUGCUCAUCACAGAACCUUUAUUUUUGCAUUAUCCCGUAGAUAAUCUACCUUUAAUUUUAACUACGGAUGCUAGUGAUAUCGGAAUAGGUGGUGUUCUUCAACAAGAAGUGAAUGGUAAUAUCUAUAAUUUGUAUUAUCAUUCUCAGGUUAUAACUCCUUGUGAAAGAAAGUAUAGUGCGAUAGAGAAAGAAGCCCUAGCCAUUUAUAAGUGUGUUCAGCGUAUGCGUUCUUUUAUAUUAGGACGAGGUCUUAUCAUCAUGACUGAUCACUGUCCACUAUGUUUUAUAAUGCAAAAGACAAUUAAAAAUGCGAGAGUAAAUCGAAUAACACAUUUGAUUCAGGAAUAUAAUAUAGAUAAAGUUGUACAUAUUCAAGGUCGUUACAACUGCUUACCUGAUUAUCUCUCACGAUAUUCUAAAGAACAAGAUGAUGAGUUAUUUGAUAUUGAAUAUGGAUUAGGUAGCAAAAGUAAUUCAAUAUCGUCUUCAUCAAUAUCUAAUAAUAUUAAUUCGAAUUUGUUAGCAUCUAUGACUUUAAGACCACGUAAAAAUCAGGUCAAAUACUUCGAUGAUUCCGUACUUAUUCCAAAAGAUACUAGUGCUUAUAAUCGAUCCGAUGAUGUAUCUAAUUCAAAAAACGUAUAUACGAAAAAACUAUCAUCACGUAUAUCAAAAAAUUUUUUCGAUGUAACUAAGCUAAAAGCUGCACAAGAUCAAGAUAAUGCGAUACAAAACAUCAUUCGAAAUCUCAGUUCAGCACAUCAUCAUGAUUCAUUUGUACUAGAAGAUAAUAUCCUUUAUAAAAUAAUUUCAUGUGAAAAAUCUUCUAAUCAAAAACUUAAAGUUAUAUAUUUACCAUCUUCAAUGAUACAUUCUUUACUGCGAGCGUGUCAUGACGAUCCUAUGUCAGGUUCUCAUUUUUCUACAGACCGAAUGUAUUAUAAAAUUCGUAAUCAAUUUUGGUGGCCACGUAUGAGAACCACCAUUCAACGUUAUGUCAGAAAUUGUCGUUUGUGUAUACAGUUUAAUCUAAGUCGUAAUAAAAAACAUGGUCACUUACGCUCUAUACCUUUACCAGAAGGACCAUUUGCUUUAAUAGGCAUGGACUAUUGUGGACCUUUACCUAGAACUCCUCGUGAGAACCAAUAUGUCCUUGUCAUAAGUGAUUAUUUUACCCGUUAUAUAACUGCAAUUGCAUUGCCAAAUUGUACCGCAGAAACAACAGCGGAAGCUUUGUUUAAUGAGUAUUUCUGCAAGUUUGGCAUACCAUCAGUUAUACUAAGUGAUCGAGGAUCACAUUUUCAAAAUAAACUGAUGGAAAAUUUGCAAAAACUCAUCGGGUAUAAUCAUAUUUAUAGCACCUCUUACCAUCCUCAGACGAAUGGCGUUGUCGAGCGUUUUAACGCUACUUUUGUAGCUCAAAUAUCAAAACUACAAAAUAGCCAAAGUAAUAACUGGGAUGAGUUCCUUCAGCCAGUCGUAUUUGCUUACAAUACAGGGGUGCAUAAAUCGACAAAGUUUUCUCCGUAUGAGCUUGUAUAUGGUCGUCCUGCUAGACUACCUAUACACGCACAAUCGACACAAUUUACUUUUAAUAAACCUAUUGACUAUUUCGAGCAGUUAAAAAAGACCUUACGGAUAUUUCAUCAAGCUUCUAAAGAUAACAUUUUACUUCAACAACAAGCCUCUCAAACAUAUUAUAAUCGUCAUCGUCUUAAUCCUCACUUAGCAAUAGGAGAUAAAGUGUUAACACGUAUUUUUGGGUCACGAGCUAAAUUAGAUCCAAAAUUUUCAUCUAUACCUAAAAUAGUCGUUGAAACUCAUCAUCCAACGUAUAUAGUAGAAGAUGAAAAUACACAUGUAAGAUCACAAGUACAUAUAAAUGAUCUUCGACCGAUCAUGUCUUAUUAA